AUGAGCCGAGUGUUUAAAAGACACCCAGAGAUUGCAUCUGAAUUUCGUCGAGAGAACCCAACACUUAGGACAAACUACAUGAGUUUUCUACUCGGUAUGAUUGAGACUAUGUGCCAGUCGCCUCAGGAGCUCUCUAAAGAUGAUAUGUCUAGUGCAUAUGCUGCAGAGAAAGGGAAGGUUAGUGAGACUCGGCUGCAAAAAAUGAAGGACGAGUUGAAGGAUUUGAAGAUGAAGUGUUCAAACAUUGAAGCUCUGGUGGAGAAGGAGAAGGCAAAGGCGUUGGAUGCGAAACUCCGUUUCUCAUUCGAUGAUGUUGUUUAA